GAAGAAGUUGGAUGGGGAAAUAAUAAUAUGAUUACUUUGAAUGACUUCCCCAUCACCUCCACAACCCCUUGCUCUGCUGUGCUGUGUGGUCUGUUGGUUCAAUCUGACUGUGACGAGCUCGUUCCCUUGUUCCUUCAUAGCAGUUGCUGAGACAGGUCUACGAAUCCGGCCGUAAGACCGCGGGACUAGUCUGAUUACUUUUGGUCGUCGAGGCACAACUUGUACCAUUGUUUUAUAUCGACGACAACCCCUUUCCCGUUCUCACCACGCUCUCCCCCAUACAUCGCAAACAUGUCUAGCAGCGAGGCGGCAAACCCAGACCCCAGUGUCGUCCCCCAGGACCCUGCCGAGGUCAAGGGCGAUGUCGAACCCAUCAAGCCUUCGCAACACCCGGCGUUGAGCAAGGUGCCCAAUGAAGUCAAAACUACCAUCUCCAAAGCCGACGAGAUCAUUCUGCGCAUCAGCAAGUUGAUCAAGACUACCGCAGGCCUCGGGGCAGCUCUGUCGACACUCAACUAUGCCAUCUAUCUCGCAGCGUACCUCCAUUCAAAAGCUCCUACCCGCGCUGCUGUCAUUGCGUACAUCUCGCGCCUCAUUGGUCGCACACCUUCGAAGCUCCCUGCCGGAGCUCUAGCUCCAUCUGCUCCUACCUCGUUCCUCACUCCACUGGGAGCUCUUGUGUCUGAUACUCGGACGUCGCUGCGUUUGACGGGGCUGCUGCCGUUAUACAUCUGGAUGAAGACACUCUUGUCGAAGAAAGCCUCAGCAGAUAUGGACCCAGCCCUCCAUCGGGUUGCGUUGCUGCAGUGUGCCGGCUACAUCGGUUUCCAAGCCCUGGAAAACGUCUACCAUUUGGCAGGCAAAGGCGUCGUACCUCUGUCGAUUAUCGAGAAGCGAGGAGGUGUCGCCAAGUGGGUUGCAUGGAGCUGUCGUGCGUGGUGCGUUGGAGUCGCAAGCGACUUCCUCCGCCUCUGGCGCGAGGCUGAGAUUGAAAAGGAAAAGCGGGGCAGCAAGUCGGCCAAAGAGAAGGAAGACUAUGAUCGCAAGUGGUGGAAUGAGUUCAUGGUGGCCGCAUAUUGGAUGCCCGUCGCUGUCCACUACAGCUUGUACCCUGAGGGAAUUCCAGGCAUGAAUACUGGGCUGGUCGGCUUCUUUGGCUUGAUGGCUGGUCUCAACAACUUCAGGAACCAAUGGGCAGCCACUGCUUGAAGGCCGGGGGAAGGACAGUCUGCUGUGGAAGUUUGUCUUACGGGGACAUGGAUUAUCUUUGUCGAGAUGUAAUAUUGCUCAAUGCCGUGAGCACAGAUGAUUCUUUGCCUCCUAUACCUAGUUACCCGGAGUUUAGGGAGCCAAAAAUGUGGAAUUUUCUUACAUGCAUA